AUGCUACAGAGGUUCCUACUCGAGGCGUACGCUGACGCCGCCGUUGAAAUGAAGGCCGCUGCUGGAUCGCUCAGAUGUUUCGUCGGUAUUGUUGCCGAUUACAACAACCUCUCUAUCGGUACUGAGGUAUUCUGCAAUGGACUCUGUGGCUCAAUCUCCACAUCCCUUGGUGGCAGCAAAUUCACUACCUACAAUUGCUUCCCGCAAACCUUUUGCGAUACUGCUGGCCUGAACGCAACUUGUACUACCAUUUUCCUCGAUCGUGAUCUCACUGGAUGUUGCUGUAACACCGACAACUGUAACACAGCUGGCACCAACAUCAACACUACUAUUCCCGUUCAACCUGCCGAAGAACCAGUUGCCUGCUACUCGGGUUGGGCAAUCAACGGUGUUAUCAAUAAGUGCAUGGAUCUUGAACCUGGAGUUGUCAGAGGAUGUUGCUGCGAUUGGGAUGCUUGCAUUAAUCCAACCGUUCCCGACAAGCCACUUAUGUGCUAUGUUGGAAUGCUUGCUCCCAAAGCCGGGAUCAACGUUGGAGCUGAGGUGGCUUGCACUGGACGAUGCGCCUCGUUAAGCGGAGUUGUGAAUGGCGACAACGUCGUCACCUUCCAUUGUGUCCCACGUCAAGUAUGCAAGACUUUCGUGAACGCCAACGCCUGCGCCACACUACAAGGAGAUAGAGAGAUCACUGGAUGCUGUUGUAAUGACAGAGACAGCUGCAACAUCUAUCAGCAGAACGUUACCGGAAUCGUCAUCCCUACCCCUAGCCCAGCAGUGGAGUUCCCUAUCUCGUGCUGGUCAGGAAUCUACGUAAAUGGAGCUCCGAUGACCAGCGUCGGAUUUACAACCUGCAAUGGCCAGUGCGCUUCCGUCACAUUGAAUACCACCAUCAAUGGAGUCUCCCACACCGCCUCACUUUAUACCUGCGAUCCUACGUCUGUUUGCCAGGCGCUGAACAUGACCAACAAGUGCAACAUUUACGAGCCAGGAAUCGGAGGAUGCUGCUGUGACACCGAUGCUUGUAUCUACCCACCAAAGAACAGAAGCCCUGCAAAUCGUCUGAUGUGCUAUGUUGGAAUGUACGCACCUAAGGCAGGAGUCAACGUCGGAGGAGAGAUAGCCUGUGAUGGCCAGUGCUCGAGCCUUCAAGGAAUCGUCAACGGAGAUACGGUCACCACGUUCCAAUGUGCUCCCUUGAGCGUAUGCAAAAGUCUCGAAAUCGACAACGCCUGUACCUCGCUGCCAGGAGAUCGUGAAGUCACUGGAUGUUGUUGUGACAAUGCCAACAACUGUAACGUCGCUAACUACAGUAUGAUCAUCCCACCCACAGCCCCUUCAGGAAGCGAUUUCCCGAUAUCAUGCUGGAGUGGAGUGUAUGUAAAUGGAAACCCGAUUACCAAGGCUGGGUACAUGUCCUGUAACGGUGACUGCGCCUCGGUCACUCUUCAGACCACGCUCAACGGUCAACAACACAAUGCCACAAUGUACAUGUGCGAUCCAGUAGCUGUCUGUCAAGCCUUAAAUCGUCUGCGGCGGAAUCUGCUCUUCCCUGAAUGCCAUGGUCAAUGGCGACAACGUGACUACCUACCAAUAGCACUUGGCGCCUAUAACAGUUGUAACACUCUGAAGGGAGACCGUGAAGUGACAGGAUGUUGUUGUGACUCAUCGAACUCGUGUAACACUCCUCCCGGUAGCCCUGGUAAUUAUCUUCAGUGCUACGUUGGUAUCAAGGCCCCGAAUGCUGGAGUGAACGUUGGUGCUGAGGUCUACUGCGAUGGCAUGUGUUCAUCAUUGAGUGGAGUCGUUAACGGCGACAAAGUCACCACUUUCCAAUGUGCUCCGAUAAGCGUUUGCAAAUCCCUGGGCAUCGACAACGCCUGCACCGGUCUGCCAGGAGAUCGCGAAAUCAGUGGAUGUUGCUGUGAUUAUGCGAACAGCUGCAAUCUGCAAAUGACCAACAAUACUGACGUCAGUUCCCUUGAAAUUACUGAAACUAACUCAAUCAGUCUUAAAAGUGGG